AUGAUCACAUUUUCGAAAUUGAUUAGGCCUCCAUUGCCCGAUGAUUGUAUCUACGACAUAUUACAGCAUCUUCGUGGUGAUCGGUCUACUUUAUAUACAUGUCUUUUUGUCAAUCGUUUCUGGUGUAGUUGUGUGGUUCCAAUACUAUGGAGUCAACCAUUUUCAAGUUUCAGAUGUUGGGCAUUAAUUGUCCGAACCUACAUCUAUUGCCUCGAUCGUCCUGAACUUACAAGUUUGAUCCCAUUCAACAUUUAUAUUCCUACUACCUAUAAACCAUUAUUCCCUUAUGAAAGGUAUUUAGAAGCUUUUUCAAUUUCUGAUAUGGAAAAUGGUAUAAUUACUUGGUUACGAAUAAAUACAGAAACAAGAAUUCGGUCUGAUGAUGAGAGAAUACGACCGAUCAUGAAUGCAUUUUGGCGAAUGUUUCUUAAUAGAUGUAGAAACCUUGCAUCGAUCAGUAUUAAUACAGGAUAUGGUACUUCUGAUCUUCCUGAACUUGAUGUAUUCUUGAAUGCUCGUCCGGGACUUUCAAAGUUAAAGAGUUUAGAUUGUUGCAUUGGACAUAAAAGCGAUGAAAUAUCGAAUUAUCAGAAUACAAUGAAUUUAUUAAGGAAUUGGCCCAUACAAUCUUCAAAUCUUUCAAAAAUGUGGGUUUCAAUAUAUGAAGAUAGAAUUACUCCGAAUGAUUUAAUUUCGAGCAUUGUUAAAGCUCAACGAAAUCUUAAAGAAUUCAAGUUUGCUGGGAUUGGGUCGUUUACACAAAAUGUUAUUUCGGCACUAAAAUAUCAUUCACAUUCAUUGACAACCCUUAAACUUUGGAUGCUUGUUUUGGAUGGGAUCUCAUUUGAUGGAUUGGUUUCGUUAGAAAAAUUAGAAUCAUUGGAUAUUCAAUGGUGUGAAGGUAUAUCAAUUGAUCAUUGUGGAACCUUGUCUGAUGCAUCUUUUCAUCUCACUAGUCUUAGCAUCUGGGAUAAUCCUUCGUCACCAGAUAUUACUGCAACAUUGAUUACUAAAGCUGGAAAGGCCUUAAGGGAUUUGAAGACGGAUAUGAUAACAAGGGAAAUGAUUGAAGUUGCAAAUAAAUAUUGCCCAAAUAUCACUCAUCUAUGUAUCAAGAUAAGAAAUGAGAAUUAUAUUUAUCUUUUUCCUUGGAUUAAAAGCCUAAGAUUAGAACAUUUGGACUUCUUUUCUCAUGAGAAUGAUGCUAGUGACGGAAUUAGGUUAUUAGGAGAAUACAUUCCGCUUACCGUAACCCAUCUGAACUUGGACUAUGCUACAUAUACACCUAAAUCGUUUAAAUAUUUUUUAAAUAUAUUUUGGAAUUUGCUAGAAGGAAAAGAAGCAUGA